ACGCACGCGCGAUGAACCGGCCUCGCAAUCACCAGCAGAGACCUUCUCGUGAUCAACAAAGGGGUGGUCGUCGGGGCCCGUCAAGUUCAUCUGGAGUCUCGGUUCCUACAGUCCAGCAGGUUCGCCCAGGAGCUGCAGUUUCAAUCGUACUCAAGCAAGACCAACCCACUGGCCGAGAAGUUCAAGGCACGGUACAAGACUUGCUCACCCGCGGGGAUCACCCUCGCGGUAUCAAAGUCCGCCUGACAGAUGGCAGAGUCGGACGAGUGCAGAGGAUGGCAGCCGCAAACUAUGCACGCUCGCAACAGCUUCCGACAACAAACACCACGGCCUGGCCUGGCCUUCGCGAGAUUUCUGGCGAUGAUCAUCUGAACGGUCCGCCAAAUCGUACUCUGGCCGAUUUUCUUCCGACAUCCACUGAGCUUGAAAGUCAGCCUGAGACUGCGGCAGCCACUUUCGCAACAGCAACCGCGAAAUGUCCCAUCUGCAAUAUCUUCGAAGGAGACGAAAUUGCCGUCUCACGACACGUAGAAGACCACUUCACGUGAGACGGUAACACUCUGACU